CAGACGUGACACCAGCUUGCAUCAGAUAGGAGCUGAAUUGUGUAUCGGAGGAACUUGUUUUAACAUUUGGAUUCGGAAAAAUGGGGAAAAUGCAAGGUCUUACUAUAGCUAGCUUGAAAAAAAAUCCAAUGUUGUUACCCUUAUUCUUGUGCAUUGGAGUGGGAGCAGUUGGCUCGUCGUUAUAUUUAAUGCGACUUGCGUUUCGUGACCCCGAUGUGACGUGGUUUACUAAGAAAAAUCCCGAACCAUGGAAUGAAUACAAGGAUAAGGAUUACAAGUUCAUGAAUGUCCACCACAAGAAUAUGAAGUCUCCAGCUCCAGAAUACUAGAACCUAAACUUCAUACAAUAGUAUUACUUUAGUCAGUUAAGUUGAAGUCAGAUCCGAUUGUUGUAUAACUAGUGUCUUCGUUCAGUGCUUACACCAAUGAUGAAUUAUGGUUAUCACAACAAAUUGUACAGAACUCAUACCGUGUUACUGAUUGUUAUCUAUGCAGUAUAUAUAUAUAUAUAUAUAAGAAAUAAAUAAUUAAUUAAAAUUUGAACA